CUCGGCUCAUUUUCAUUAUUAUCCGUGCAGAGGCACGAUUUUUUUUAUUUUUGUGUUCCUAACACUGUUUCUUCAGUCAUAAUUGUGAGAGUAACGUUCAUUCGCAUACGAUAUUGAUUCUUUCUUAUUGUUUGCUAGCGAGUCUAUUGAGUAUAGUGUGAGUUCCCUGAUCAAAUUUAAUCUUCAUCAGUGUGCCCUGCCUCCGUUUUCUUUUCACCGCUCGAGAGAAAACGUGAGCUUCAAUGGUAUACUCACUUAACAUACCACUUUGUUUAUAUAGUUAUUCUUUCAUUAUACCCAUAUCAUUAGGGCAUUCCAUUAUACCCUUAACUUCUAUUACGUCUAAACAGGCACCUUGCUAGCCAUUCUUUCUUGCCUUUUUAGGGUUUCAACGCAAACUAUUCAUUCAUACACGUUCCGGUUAUUGGUUCAUAUUUACAGCUAUCAUCAUAUGCUCCUAUUUUGUAAAUGAUUUACACCAUAGUAUGACCAAAGACACUCGCUAAACUCGGCGACACCUUUCAACAGUUGGCUCGUCCUUCAAGUGAAGAGGGACUGGAACACGAUACCACAACCGGUGAAUUUACUAAGGUAAUCUUAUGUUCAGGCACUCAUUAUUUAUCAAUUACAGGCCGCAGACUUCGUUCACCCCCGGGUUCGUCUGCAUACUUACAACCCACUCAAGGUUCAAGGACACCCUCACCGGCAUCCCCUCGCACCGGCCGCAGUAUUACAGGCUCAAAAUCAUGAUGUUGCGUUUUCUGACCAUCUUAUUGUCCCUCGGCUCCCUGCUUGCAACAACACCCAUCCACCUGAAGCCUGGUGCCCUCACGGCACACAUAGGAGAGGUCUUCCUCAUAGAAGAUGUGCUCCUCGUAAAAUAUCCAUAUACUUCCUUGACCAACACCACGGACACAAUCAGGAUAGUCUCAGAAAAACUACUCGGCAUGGCAGACGCCAUCCGGGCUACCAAGACUAGGGAAUCAAAGGCACCUUCUAGUACCAACUCUCUGACUCUUUUUCAACUACUGGAGGAUAGGAUUCUGUUCUUACGGGGAAAAGUUGAUGAGGUAAACAUGGAUUAUAGUUUUCACUCAGUUCACUCUCGGGUAAAGAGGGGGUUGCUCAACAUCGUUGGGUCCGCCUCAAAGUUCCUUUUCGGUACGGCUACCGACGAGGACGUUCGCGAUUUGCGGGACCACUACGCUCAUGUACUUUCCUUUGCUGCUCGAAAUCGCAGGGUGAUCAAUGCCAAUUGUAGGAAACUUGCGCAAUUGCAUACUAACAUUGCGGUCCUGCUAGAGCAGACAAAUAAGAUGGUAGAGGUUAUCAACAUAGUUGUCAAACAGAUCGACCAGGUGAAUCAGUUUCUCCUCCUAGAUCAGGCCUUGCAUGUAUUGGAAAACGUCAUUACCUCCGUCGCAACGGCCCUGGACACGUCCCCGUCUCUUGUUCUAAUCGCGAAGGAUUUCGCUCUGUAUUCAACGGGUAGCUACUCACUCUUGCAGUAUUGCAAGGAGACGGUCUUCGGGCGAUUCUAUUGUUCUGCGUCUCUCUUUGCCUUCCUUCCAGUUCGGGGAGGGGUAUGCGAGAUCGCCCUCACCCGCGUGAACGCGUCUGACGCUCUUUCCCUGUGCCCUUACAAGCAGCUAACACCAACGCCUGUUUUCCAUAAGAACUUUCAGGGUCUGCAUUAUUUUUAUUUCCCUCAGUCCUUCUAUGUAUCGGUCAUCUGCCCGGAGGGUACCACUUAUCAACGGGUUACUGGUCACUAUGCCAUAGCGGAAGCAUGCUAUAUCCGCUCCACUAACAUAACAACGUACCCGUCCCGGAUUCGUCUGGUUUUCACGGCCAAUAUUUCCCAUCGAGUGUUUCCUCUACGGUCUCUCGAUGACAUUCAUUUCUCCAGCAUCUCGUAUGUGACUAAUUCCCUUAAUUCAUUGUCUUUCGCGAACAAAACAGAGUUUGCGGAAACCCUGGAGGAAACGCUGCCUGAUUAUUUGCAUCUCCCCUACCUGUACCCUGGAUUUUUUGUACCAAUGUUUCUGAUGUUCGUCAGUCUCGUCGUCAUGUGCUACCUUAUUAGGAGAAACUCUGUCCUGCACGAUUAUUUGGUUGUGCAGACACGGCGACUGGAUGCCGGGAGGCCACUGGCAAGGUAGUUUUCCUUUUCUCAGACAAGUCAGGGGACAGAAACCUGGCUGCUCCUAUACUUAACAUUGUACUGUGUUUCACUACUGUAUUUUUUUUUGGGGGGAGCUAGAUCAACGUUUCAUUGUCUGUAACUAUGCCAGUUGAUAGUUUCUUAUACAUGUGUCCUGAUAUUUAUCUUUUGAGAGGUUUCUUAUGUUUCAUGUCACACACGUUGUGGUUUCCCUCUCCCUAUUUAUAUUAUAAUUCCACAUCUGUUCUUACAUAGCCAGUGUUUUAAUAUAAUUGUAUCAUAGGCAGUCUGCUUGACAACCUCCCACUAUGUAUGUUCAUGGUACCUAGACUGCUAUUUCGAUUUUUAUAUAUCGCGAGGUCGCGAUCACUGGUAGGUGACCGAGCAGUGUUAUAGUAGGAUAUCAAUGUAUUAUUAUUAUUUAAUAUCUCCACGAAUUAGGCAUACAAUUGUCAAUGGAAAAACCCCACGACAGAUAGAUCACGCCACCUUAUAGGAAUGUCGUCCGUCAGUG